AUGAAGCCCUCAGACACGACUGUGCGCUUCUUGCGCGAGCAGCAGCUUGACCCUGAAGCAAACCCCGCGCACAGAGCGGCAGCAAUCCACCAAGCCGUCGCCGCGAAGCGACUUGGUGUUGUGGAAGAUCUCCUCAACUUGUAUCCAAAGGAAUGUCUCGAUGCGAGGUCUCCAAGGGGAGGCAAAGGCGGCCGAACACCUAUUCACAACGCCGCGCAAAUGGGCCUACGUCAAAUCACCUUGAAGCUCAUCCAGAAGGGUGCCAAAGUAGACGCGAGAACCAAGAAGAACUGGACCGCUCUCAUUCUCGCCGCAGAGUCGGGCCGGACUGAAGUAGUCAACCUUCUCCUCCAGCACGGGGCCGACGUCAAUGCUCAGACGCAGUUCGAGAACACAGCGACGAAAGGAUUCACAGCGCUUCACGUUGCCGCAGAGUUGAGAACCCCAGAGACAAUCCUGGCCUUGCUUCUCCACGGAGCCGACACCCAGAUCGCGACGCCCGCUGGAGAAACACCUCUUCACUUUGCAGUCAAGGCGCGUUCGGCACCCGCGGCCUCUCUGCUGCUCUUCCAUGGCGCUUCUGCGACAGCAAAGGACGAGAAGGGAGUCACGCCUCGGGAUCUUGUCAACAACCUGCGGGGCGUAGACCGUAGGAAGUUUGAGCACAUCUUCGAAUGCGCCACCUGCGACGGCAAGCAUGAAGGCCAGAUACAGUCCCACCUCCAGACCGACCCGUCCAUAGACAUGGCCAAGGCCAUCCACUGGGCGGUAGAGAAAAACCUGGAUCGUGCCGUGGCGUACAUCUUGCACGCUGAUCCGCACGCUGUGGAGGCGAGAAACCCUCGUGGUUGGCAUCCGCUUCACUACGCGGCGAGGAAUAACAAAGUUGAAAGCGCCGAGGUCCUGCUUCAGCACGGCGCCGACGCCAACUGUCUGACCAAGACCGGAUGGACGCCACUCAUGCUGGCUUCGGAACAAGGGCAUAAAGGCGUGGUCCGAGUCCUGCUCAACCACAAAGCGGAUCGGGACAUCUCAAACGAUGAGAACAAGACGGCGUUGCAGAUUGCCAAACACUGCAAUCAGAAACUGAUAGCUAUGUUAUUGACCGUGAGGCACGUUGCAGCGUCAGAUGUCGUGUUGGAGGUGCCUGAUGCGGGCAGCAAUGGGCUGUCACCGCCCAAGAGCCCGGGUUUCCGAAGGACACCGUCUCCCGGCCCUCGGCAAGGAUCAGAGAUUGAAGGCGAGCUAUAUGCACUCAGCGAUGCCAGUGCUACCGAAUCAUCCAUCUCGACUCCAGAAAACUCCGAGUACAUGGAAAAGUUCUUCACAGAGCUCGAAAGGACCUGGUACAAGUACAUCCAGUGGCAUCCGGAUGACGAUAAGAUGGCCAAGAGCGGGGGCCAGGAAUGGGCCGGCCCGGUCAAGAUUGCAAUCCUCGACACUGGGAUAGACUUGAAACACGAUGACUUCGCUAAGCCAGCACGCAGGCGCAGCAAGAUUGGGCAGCGUGCAGCGCGCCAACUUCCCGAAACGCCGCAGCGAGAGCGUAUCAAGGCGUGGAGGAACUUUGUCGGGGAGCCGGGGGAAGAAGAGGACGUCACUGACAAGUCGGGCCACGGAACGCAUAUCGCUGGACUUAUCCUCAGCAUCGCUCCGCGCGCGGAGCUGUACAUUGCAAGGACGAGCACAGGCCAGGAGCAUCUACAGACUGAAGACGACGACAAGAAGCCGGCUUCCAAACGGGGUGUUGACAUCAUCAACCUCUCUCUGGGCUUCCCGCGAGAAAGCUCUUAUGAUCUCACCCGGGCGUUGGAAGAAGCCGACCAUCGAGGCAUCGCCGUUUUCGCCGCUGCCGCUAAUCACGGCAAUCGAGACGCAAUAGCCUGGCCAGCCCGAGAUCGCGAUUUGGCCGUCUGCGUCACCUCUGGGGACGAGUUUAACAACUUGUCGCGCUUCGCACCCGGGCCUGGACGCGACUUGCCGGUCUUCAUCACCCAUGGCGAAGACGUGGCGAGUCACUGGCCGACCGGACUUGGCCAGGGCCCCGGCUUCCGCAAGAUGAGCGGAACGUCGGUGGCGACACCCAUCGCAGUCGGUAUGGCGGCCAUGGUGCUGGCGUUCCUGAACAGGACGAACGCGUGGACGCCGAGCCAGAAGCGACAGUGGCUGGACAGGAGUAAGGAGAGGAGAUUGCGGAGUACAAGGGGCAUGGGCAGGCUUUUGGAACAUAUGUGCCGGGAUAGAAAUGGGCUCAAGGUCCUGUCGCCGAAGCUGAUGUGGGAAGAGGAUCCCGAUGCGGACCCUCUAGGGGUCCUAGGCGACAUGGCGCGGGCAUUUAGGUUGCCUGGAUGA